CUAACGCUUAUCCUCACGAGGAUCGUGGGGGGUGCUGGAGCCUAUCCCAGCUGUCUUCGGGCGACAGGCGGGGUACACCCUGGACUGGUGGCCAGCCAAUCACAGGGCACAUAUAGACAAACAACCAUUCACACUCACAUUUCAUAUAACAGUCUUAUUAUAGUUAAAUUAUUUACAGGAAAUGACCACAUUGCUAGGAAGUGAAUAUGAUUGUAAAGGAGCCAUGUUCUUUGUAUUGUGACCACACGAUCCAAGAACCCCUCCCUUUCCUGCUUUCUUCCUCCCAAGUAGCCGUCAGUCUAAUAUGCUUCCACGGUUUACUCCCUCCACAUACGCCAUGUGCUCCACGAAUAGCAGGCGCUUAGUUCGCGUGGGGCUGCGUGGGAGGAAGUGACAUGCUACCUGGCUGACAGAUUCACUAUACUCCCACUCGGAGAGAUUAGUCAACCGGGGGCUGCGGUAAUCUGGAUUCAGGACCUCGGCCAGAGACAAACGCUCGGCCAUGAAUCCUGUCGAAAGUUGCCUCCCGCGGGCAUCGAACUUCUGCGGACACCCGAGAAUAUAACAAAGUUUUUUCAUCUUUAUUUUUUUUUUAAAAAACCUUUAAGGACUUAAAACCACAACAAAGUGAGAUUUGAUCAUGUUAUCAUCGAUUGCUUCCACUUUCCACCAAACCAGCUGAAGGUUACAGUGUCGAUUCUUCUGCACUGAAAGCAACUUUUCUCCUUUUUUUUUUUAAAUUUCAUUUUCUUAUUUUUCAAGUUUGAAUGUUUUAGUUGGAGCUACGAGGCGCGUGCACCACAGGACUAAGCUGUCGGGAGCGCGCGCAGGCUGGACUAAGUGAGGAUGGAGAUCCGGCCGGAUAGGUUUAAGGCUGUGGCUGCCACCACCCUGGGCAAAAUAUAUGGGGCUCUGGAGAAGAAGCAGGAGAAUGGCGAGACCAUCGAGCUGUCAGCCGAGGGUCGGCCGGAGCUGGUGGAGGAGAAGGAGUUGCCCGUCGUGGACUGCACAUGUUUCGGCCUGCCCCGCCGCUACAUCAUCGCCAUCCUUUCCGGCAUCGGCUUCUGCAUAUCCUUCGGCAUCCGGUGCAACCUGGGCGUGGCCAUCGUCAGCAUGGUCAACAGCCACACUAUCUUUCGGGACAACAAGGAGGUCAUAGUGAAAGCUCAGUUUGACUGGGAUCCGGAGACGGUGGGAAUGAUCCAUGGCUCCUUCUUCUGGGGAUACAUCGUGACACAAAUCCCAGGAGGGUUCAUCUGUCAGAAGUUUGCUGCCAACAGGGUGUUUGGCUUUGCUAUAGUGGCCACUUCCUUCUUGAACAUGCUCAUCCCAUCGGCAGCUCGCAUGCACUUUGGUUGUGUCAUCAUUGUCAGGGUGCUUCAAGGCCUUGUGGAGGGGGUGUCGUACCCGGCCUGUCAUGGUAUUUGGGCCAAAUGGGCUCCUCCCCUUGAAAGAAGUCGCUUGGCUACGACGGCCUUUUGUGGUUCUUAUGCUGGUGCUGUGAUCGCCAUGCCGUUAGCUGGAAUCCUGGUCCAGUACUCAGGAUGGUCUUCGGUCUUCUACGUCUAUGGAAGUUUUGGGAUCAUGUGGUACUGCUUCUGGAUCAUGGUGUCUUACGAAAGCCCUGCGGCUCAUCCCACCAUCACUGAGGAGGAGAGGAAAUACAUCGAGGAGAGCAUCGGGGAGUCAGCUCAACAUUCAGUGUCGAAAUUCAACACACCAUGGAGGGCCUUCUUCACAUCCAUGCCAGUCUACGCCAUUAUUGUGGCAAACUUCUGCAGGAGCUGGACCUUCUACUUGCUCCUCAUCAGCCAGCCCGCCUACUUUGAGGAGGUGUUUGGCUUCGAGAUUAGCAAGGUGGGAAUAGUCUCGGCUCUCCCCCACCUGGUCAUGACCAUUAUUGUGCCAAUUGGAGGCCAGCUUGCUGACUACCUGCGCUCCAACAACAUCAUGACCACCACCAACGUCAGGAAAAUUAUGAACUGUGGAGGCUUCGGCAUGGAGGCCACCUUGCUUCUGGUGGUGGGCUUCUCACACACAAAGGGCGUCGCCAUCACCUUCUUGGUUCUUGCUGUGGGAUUUUCUGGCUUUGCAAUCUCAGGCUUCAAUGUCAACCACUUGGACAUCGCUCCAAGGUAUGCCAGCAUCCUCAUGGGCAUCUCCAACGGGGUGGGCACGCUGUCUGGUAUGGUUUGCCCACUUAUAGUUGGCGCUAUGACAAAACAUAAGACGCGUGAAGAAUGGCAAGGCGUGUUUCUCAUCGCCUCCCUCGUACAUUAUGGAGGUGUUAUCUUCUACGGCAUCUUUGCAUCCGGGGAGAAACAAGCCUGGGCUGAGCCGGAGCAGCUGAGCGAUGAGAAAUGCGGCAUCUUGGAUGAGGAUGAGCUCGCCAAUGAGACAGAGGAGCUGUACCGCACCAGCGGUGGCGCCGGCUACGGCGCCACCAACCAGGGGGCCGACCCCAACGGGGGCACGGGAGGAGGCUGGGUCUCGGACUGGGACAAAACGGAGGAAUACGUGCAACCGGCCGGGAGCAACAAUUACUUUUACAGCGGUGAGGAAGAGCUGACAUAAAAAGGCGCCGGACUGGGAAUGUUUACAGCAACUGGAGCAGCUUCACUUGGUGGCAGGAAGAACUUCUAACGUGGUUUGGAUUUGACAUGGAACCAAGGAACCAAGUCUGCCUGCAUUAUUACCACCGUUGUUAUUAUUGUUAUUAUCAAUGAACCUCUUUGAGAGACUGCACGGUGGACAUUAGUCAGCUACGUUGUGUGUUUGUGUGUGGUUGCAUUGUGAGUGUCUUAGGACAGCCUAUCGAAAAGGCCUGUGUUUAUUCUUUUAUUUACUUUAGACACUUCUCAUUGGAACAACCGGAUUUGGAUCUCAUUUGUAUACCUCUAGUAAUAUCAAAACAUCAAAAUCACACAGUUAGAUGUUUCAAUGAAAGGAUUUCUCA